AAAGGCGCUAGUUUACUGACAUUGCGGAAAGUAACAUGGCUUUGUUGUCUUAGUAAGUGAUGUGGUGUGUUACGUAGAGUCAAGUGAUUUCUAUUAAUAUACUUAAUUAAGUUAAUGAAAGCAUGGCACGCGCUUGAGUGGGUUACUAUUUUAUUCAUCAACCUAGAUGGACAUGUCAUUCUCUGUUAACGUUCGAACAAAGUGAAAGCUAUGGCUGGUGUUAUACAGGAGGUUAGGGAUCCUUUGUCUCCGGACAAUAAAGGAUGUGUGACUGUUAAAUCAACGUUAUCUUACGAGGAAAUAGCUACCAAGCUUUUAAAUGAAAAACUUUUAUUAACGGCCUUGGAAUUACACGCAGAACUAUGCGAAGCUGGAAAAGAAUUGCCCAUUUUAAAAGAGUUCUUUUCGAAUCCUAAUCAUUUUGAGAAUCAAAGCAUUAAGCCAGAACCGUAUAGUCCUAUGCCUAGAUCUUCUAGUCAAGCUACUUUAGACUCACUCGAUAUGACAAGGUACUCGGAAGAUGGUGCAGGUGUCGAUGAAAGAGUGGCAAUUUUAGAAUUUGAAUUACGAAAGGCCAGAGAAAGCAUUUCUGCUCUUCGUGCAAACCUCACAGUAGUAACAGAAUCAGAAGGAACCACACCUGACAAAUGCUCUGAUAAGCACAUAAUUAAUGGAACUCCCAUAAAACCCCAUGAACAAAGAGCUAUAAAUUUUCUUGUUAAUGAGUACCUGUUAACAAGUUCAUAUAAAUUAACAUCAAUUACAUUUAGUGAUGAAAAUGAAAAUCAGGAUUUUGAAGAUUGGCACGAUGUAGGAUUGAAUAUUCCAAAACCAGCAGAAUUAUUGCAAAUCUACAGAGAAUAUAUGAGAGCAAAUGGAUAUGAUAGAUCACCUUCUGUAAGUGUUGGUGUACAAACAGAUUUCUGUGAACUAGAACCAGAAACAGAAACAGAGAAAGAUGAAUUCAAAGAAAUGGUAAAGAAAGUGGAAGAACUUCAACAACAGACUGCAUUAUUAGAACAGGAAAGAUUGGAUUUGCAGCAGUUCAUUGCCACUUCCGAAAAUUUAUCUCAAAAUCCAGUUAAGCAAGGUAGUAGCGGAACGAUACAAACGAUAAAUUCGAAUUCUACUACUCCAGAUAAGUUUGAACUUCUGGAAACUCCAGCUCGUGAUACAUCGACAGUGACUCAAGAAGCCGAGGAAGACGAUAGUGUUUCUGUUGUUGUUAGCCUUGGCGAAACAGAUCCUGGAGAUAAAGAAUGGACUAGAAUUCAAUUACCUAGGGUGGACGUCACUGAAGGAUCAUCUAUCCUUCCAAAUCCACCAUCUAGACAUUUACCAUUGAAAUUUAAAAUGGAAGUGAUAUCACAUUGCUUAGUAAAUAUUCCGAAUUCUAUAAUAUCUGCAGUGGAAGAAAUUUUCAAAAACGGAGUUACACGCGAUACUCUUGUUCAAAUUUUAGCACAAACAUUACCUCGUAUCGUACCCAACGUUAUCUUAAAUAAACGCGAAGAAGUAAUACCAUUAGUGUUAAGUGCGAUUCGACUUCAUAAUGAUUCUGCAGAAAGGGAAAAAUUGUUACAACUACUAUUCAAUCUAAAGAAAAGGCCGCAAGAAGAUGAAAGACAAUUAAUUUUAGCCGGUUUUGUUGCUAUGGCUAAACUCGAAGAUGAACCAAUGGAAGGGGAAGAAAUAUUGACCAUUUGUUGGGAACAAAGUCAGCAUAAGUAUCCUGAAAAGAGGUUGUUAGCUGUUGAGUGCUGUUCUGUGUUAGCUCCAUACAUGUCAGUUGGGAUAAGAAACUCUUUAAUGCUGUCUAUGCUUCAACAAAUGUUACUUGAAGAUAAAGACUCAACAGUUAGAGCUAGUGUAGUGAGAAGUCUUGCGCUAUUGAUAGCUUUAAUGGAUGAUCCUGACAAAUAUUUUCAGUGUGAAGAAUUAGCAUUAACGGCACUUCAUGAUACAUCACCUAGCGUUGUUGAAGUUGCAUCUUCUUUACUUUUACCAAUUUUAGCUCAGUGGGCACUUUCUCUUAAAAGGUUACAAACACACUUAUUACCACGUAUAAUAUCUAAAGUUAAAAGUCAUUUAAAAUCUGGAUAUACUCAACAUUCGCCUAACAAAGAUCACGUAGACGAAGGGAAAAUAGUAUCAUCAAUCGCUGUAUUACAGUAUUUACUUCCACAUAUGAUUAUCUGCGUAGCAGAUACUGAUGUGGUUAGAACUUAUAUUGAGCAUGGAGUGUCAUCUGAUUUGUCUGAUGUGUUCCUGAAUUUGUGUCAUUCCAAUAUCGUUAAUCCAAAACUAUUUUAUAAUGGCGAUGUAGAUAUAGGAUCUCUUCUAAAUACAUUUUUUGCAAAUACAUGGGAGAAUGAUUCAUGGCCAGAAUUAGAAUGGUUUACAAACAAAUUAGUGUUGGACAUUUUGGAAAUGGUAAAAUCUAUCGAAAUUACACAGGAAACUAUUUUAAAUGCCCUUCUAACAUACAUUCAUUCUCUGUGCUUGGGUUUUGGGCGAUAUGUCACGCAAACUCGGAUUCAACCGAUAAUUGCAUCCGAAGUAACUGAACUUGAGCAACAAUUAACGACUUUUGCAACAGAUAAAAAAAAUAUGAGUUUGACGUUGAUCCCGACAUAUUUAAUUAUAUUGUCCACUUUAAAUGGUAUAGAUGUUUCUAAGUCUUUAAAACAGUUCCUUGUUGCUUUAUCCAUGAGUGGCACCAGUAUUACUAGUUUACAGAUUGCAAUGAUUAUGUUAUGUACUCAAGAACAUAUGCAAGAAUAUGUCCUUAGUGGUUUGUGGGAUGGGGUAGUACACCAAAGACCCAUUGUAAGACAUGCAACUGCAACAUUGUUUGGUUGCGUAAUAGCCCACGUUUGUGACCGGUUAGCAAGUGCUAAGGUAGUUCCUGCAGUUGUAACACUCGUUAGUGAUCCUGAUAUAACUGUUCGGUCUGCUGCAAUUCCUUCUCUCGGUCGUUUAAUAACGGAAUGUAAAGUAAGAGAGAUGCGUGAUAAAGCACGUUUGACUUUAGAAACCAUUGCUAAAGAACCUCAAGGUGUUCCGCCUACUUUAGCACUUCCUUUGGUCUCAACAUUAGCAUUUAUUGCUCCUAAUUGCCCUCAGAAUUAUAUAGAAGACGUCAUAGCUACGCAAUUAAUGGGAAUAACUUCAUCGGCGUUACAACAAGGCCGUAAAAUCGACCUCAUCAGUGCUUUGGUCGAAGCAUAUUCUGUUUUAGUUUAUUGUCCAUUGAGCAAUCAAUGUGUUUCUAGUGUGUUACUACCGGGAUUGAAACAUCUUGAACAGUUAGUUAAUCAACAUUUACCUCAACAGAAAGAAGCUCUUCGAUCACUUCUGCGAGAAGCUGAAUCGCGGCAAGAUCUUUCAAAACCAAUGGAGAGAUCAUUAUCAAUGAGUUCUGGCCUUUCAUUGUCAAUGGCUACAGUAAACGUGGGACAAGGGGUAGAAGAUAUGAGACAAAGAGUGAGCAAAAUAUUUCAACAAAAGACUAGUUCACCAAGUAUGUCUAGUAUAUUUCGAAAGAAGUAAAAUAUUUUUUGUUAUUCAUGUUUAUAGGUAAAUAUUAUUUUUUCAAAUUUUAUAUUUUCUUUCCGUUACGUUCAAAUUUUAUUUGUUUAUAACGUCUGUUGUACUUAAUUAAUGUUAUAUGUAUUAUACACGAUUAACGGUACAAGUAGUGCACAAAAUUUACACUAAUCAAAAUAUAAUAGUAUGUAAAUAUUACUCGUUGCAAUCGGAAUGUAAGUUUGAAGACAAAUACUAUUAUUGAAUAUCGCUGUGUGUGCCUUUUAAAAGUGUAAUUUUAAAUCACAUGAAUUGCGAAAUUUAAUUGCUUUGGAGAUUAAUCUUUAAGUAAUAUAGAAGAAAAGUCAAUAGUAUAUUAAUUUUAAUUUUUAACUGCACAAUUAAUUAUAACAUUAAGUGCUAAGAUAAUGACAACGUUUUAUAUAGCUACUUUUUUAAAAAUAGUAAGUGAAAUGUUAUUAUAAUUUGUUGUUCUAUAUUUUGUGAAGUCAUAAUAUAUUUAUUAAAACGAAUCUCACCACUUAGUAAUGUAGAUUUACUAAUUUAUGUAUGGUAUAAUGUUCUCGUGCUCUUAUUAAAAAAAAAUUUCAAAUAUAUCCUGCCAUAACACGACUACGAAUUUAAAAGUAAAGUUUUAAGAAUAUUUGCUAUAUUUUAAAUUAUAGAAAGAUAAUUAUAGAUAAAUUAACUGUUCGAGAAAUUGGUUGUGAUUAUUAA